AAAGAAAGACAAACAAGACAGACCAAACUCAACUUUAAAGAGUUGUGCCGGUGCAUGUUACUUUUAUCAAAAAAGCUAAAUCGAAGAGACUUAGUGAUCGGUCGGGAGAGAGAUGCCGAAUCUAGUGGAGAAAACGGGAAGCCGACCACCGUGGGUGGGGUUAGCAGCCGCCGCUUGGGUUCAGAUAGCUGCUGGAACCAGUUCGACGUUCCCGCUUUACUCCGCCGCUCUCAAAUCGGUCCUCGGGUUUAACCAGCAACAGAUCACGAUCCUCGGCGUCGCUUGUGAUCUAGGUGAAAACUUGGGGCUGCUUCCAGGUUACGGAAGCAACAAGCUUCCUCCGUGGGCGAUGCUCCUCAUCGGAUCUACCUCCUGUUUCCUCGGUUACAGCGUUCUCUGGAGCUCCGUUAACCAAAUCAUCCACGGCUUGCCUUUCUGGCUGCUAUUCAUUGCUCUGUUUUUCGGGACCAAUAGUAGCUCAUGGUUCGGCACAGCGUCUCUUGUGACCAAUAUGAGGAACUUUCCUAUGAGCCGAGGCCCUGUUGCUGGACUCAUUAAAGGCUACAUUGGUCUCAGUGGCGCAGCAUUCACUGUGAUAUUCAGCGUCUUGCUUCACCAUUCGUCUACGAAUCUGCUCUUCUUUCUUAUGGUUGGCGUUCCCCUUUUAUGCUUAUCUCUCAUGUACUUCGUCCGCCCCUGUGUUCCUGCUACCAACGAUGACCCUUCUGAGCCUGUUUACUUCGCUUUUCUCCUCGGCUCUAGUAUCCUUCUCGCUGCUUAUCUUGUUAUGACCACUGUACUUAACGAGGUGUUUUCGCUUUCGAGCGUCCUCAAAUAUGUUCUUCUGGCUGGCACGGUCUUGUUCUUGAUGGCUCCUCUUGCAAUCCCCAUCAAGAUGACGCUUUUCCGUUCAAAUGCCAAGAGCUCUCUUGCAGACAAUCUAGCGAAAGAGGAAGGUGAGAAAGAACCACUGCUGAUACCUUCUACAUCAGCUUCAAACCUGGGAACUCUCUUCGAAGGAGAAGGAGAUGGAGAUGGUGCCUCGGAGAUGGAAAUACUUUUGGCUGAAGGAGAAGGUGCGGUUAAGAAGAAGAGGAAGCCAAGGAGAGGAGAGGACUUCAAGGUUCGCCAAGUCUUUGCCAAGGCGGAUUUCUGGCUCCUUUGGUUUGCUUACUUCCUAGGCAUGGGUUCAGGCAUCACUGUCUCAAACAACUUGGCUCAGAUCGGUUUUGCUUUUGGUAUCAAAGGCACUACAAUACUGCUCUGCCUCUUUAGCUUCUUCAACUUCUGUGGCCGUCUUGCUUCAGGUGCCAUCUCUGAGCACUUUGUCAGGUCAAAAGCGCUUCCAAGAACGCUAUGGAUGGGAGCAGCGCAGCUGGUUAUGAUGUUCACGUUCCUGCUCUUCUCCAUGGCCAUUGACGGCACCAUUUACGUGGCGACAGCUCUUGUAGGGAUAGGCAUGGGGUUUCAGUACUUGUCAAUCUCCACCAUCUCAGAGCUCUUUGGUCUUAAAAAUUUUGGAAUCAACUUCAACUUCAUACUCUUGGGCAACCCGACAGGUGCGGCCAUUUUCUCGGCGCUUAUGGCAGGACAUAUAUACGACAGGGAAGCGACUAAGCAAGGGAGUUCUACCUGCAUUGGUCCUGAUUGCUACAGGGUAACGUUCUUGGUUCUAGCAGGUCUUUGUGGACUUGGAACUCUACUCUCUGUUAUUUUGACUGUGAGAAUUAGGCCGGUUUAUCAAGCUCUCUAUGCCUCUGGCUCUUUCCGGUUGCAGCCGCAGUCAAAUGGUCACUGAUUCUGCCAUGGGAAUUGCAAGAGAGACUGUUGAGAGUAAGAGAUGAUACAGUCAAUAGAUAUGCUAUGUCUAUUUUUCAUCUUAUAAAGUUCCUAUUGUAUCUUGCCGGCAUUUUUUUUUGAGGUGUGUGUAUCCUAAAGAUUUGUAAAACUUUUGUUAUUCAGCUGUGAUGGGUGACUCAACCGGCCAGAGAACCGGUUGGAAUAACCUUUUUGUAAUUGGCUUCUUUUACCAUUGUAACAUUGUUUGUAAUGUUGUUUUGUAUUUUUGUUU